GGACAGACUGUUCAGAAACAACAUACGGAUGCUGUCCAGAUUCCAUUACACCCAAAAUUGGACCAAAUUUAGAUGGGUGCCCUCAACAGAUUUUCGAAAUGGAAUGUUCUGUAACAGAGUUUGGAUGUUGCCCAGAUAAUACGACGAGUGCAAAUGGACCAGAUCAUCAAGGUUGUCCUACCGAGGCAGGGGAUGCUUGCAAGUCUUCCAAAUACGGUUGUUGUCCUGAUGGGAAAACGAGUGCCAAGGGCCCAAAAGAUAAAGGAUGCCCCAAGAGUAAGCCUGAUGCCACCUGCAAGUCUUCCAAAUACGGUUGUUGUCCUGAUGGGAAAACGAGUGCCAAGGGCCCAAAAGAUAAAGGAUGCCCCAAGAGUAAGCCUGAUGCCACCUGCAAGUCUUCCAAAUACGGUUGUUGUCCUGAUGGGAAAACGAGUGCCAAGGGCAAAAAAAAUAAAGGAUGCCCCAAGAGUAAGCCUGAUGCCACCUGUAAGUCUUCCAAAUACGGUUGUUGUCCUGAUGGGAAAACGAGUGCCAAGGGCAAGAAAAAUAAAGGAUGCCCCAAGAGUACGGCUGAUGCCACCUGCAAGUCUUCCAAAUACGGUUGUUGUCCUGAUGGGAAAACAAAUGCCAAGGGCCCAAAAAAUAAAGGUUGCCCCAAGAGUAAGCCUCUAAUCGCCUGCGUCUUCGAUAUUAAGUUGUUUGGACGAAGUAACAUCUGCCAAGGGUCCAAAAAAUAAAGGAUGUUAGAAAGGUAGUGUUGCUGUCCAGACGGAUUAACGGCUGCUAAAAGAGUAAAAGCUAGGCGUUUGCUUUAGAAUCUAGAAAAGAUGAAUGCUUUGAUGUCGAAUCCAUCGAUAUUGGGAAAUAGUUGAGCAGAUAACCAUUUUCCCUACAACGGGAAAAAUAAAAUGAAUGUCUUUUUUUGAG